AUGGCGGCAUUGUCGGGACGGCCAGCAGAGAUGCAAGCGGCGAACGUGAAGCUCCUCGAGGAGCUUUGCGGGCCAGGGGACUUUUUGUCGGGGCAGCUCCGUGCUGCCGUCGUGCGGGAGACCUUGAAGGCAACAGCCACCUGUGGCGCUUGCAGAAAGAUCCAAGUCGAGCGAAAGAAUGUGGACAAGAACGACCUUUGGAACGUGGUGGCUGCUGCCAAGUGCACCUUCCACGAAGCAGAGGACUGCCAUGGCUUGGGAGUGGUGGUGCACGCAUUGUGCAACUUGCAGAACUUGAUGAGUGAAGCAUGGUACAAGGAGGCAGCCGAGCAUUUGUAUCGCUGCCUCUCGGCCUCGGAGCACAUUCCGGACACUCCCGCGGAUCGGCUCCUCCGCUUGGCAGAGUUGAUUGCCGUGGUGGGACUGGCCGUGGGCUUCCGGGCAUUCUACCGCGCCGUGGAUGCUGAAGGAUCGGGUCUUUUGCAGGAACCCUCGCUACCAGCCACGCGCGAGGGCAAAGCCAGAUUUGGUAGCGCAGCAGAGGUAUGUAAACAUGUGGGCCCUCGUGAGGGAUCGGGCUGGGGAGCUGGAUUUGUGAGGGAGGAUGUCAACCAGGGACUGAUGGUGGGAAAUGGCGAGAAGUUCUUCGAGGAGUUCUCCAAGUUGAAGUUCAUGGCAUUUUCUCCCAUGAACAAGUGGGCUCCUGCGCUUUCCACCGGCAGCCUUUUCUUGCGAUGGUGCUCGGUGCUCUAUUCCCCGAUCCAGCAUGGGUAUGAGACAUACCAUUUCAUGUUCAAAAAGGCCCCAGGCAGAGCCCUCAAUCGAGUAGGUUUGGAGGAUGCUGCCGCUGGCUACACCACUGCCGUGGGCUGUAGCUUCUGA